AUGAUUCUUGGAAAUUAUUUCAAACUCCUCGCGGUCUUUGUGGGCCUCAUCGCCGUAACUCAUGGGGAUAGUGGUGUUAGCCUCCCGAAUCUUAGCGCACUACUAAUCCCCAAGUGUGAAAAUGGUGAAGUCGUUUGCACAGCAGGGGCGGGUUAUUGUUUCAACCAGGGAAGCACGCCAACGGCACAAUGUUCGAAAAAUGGAGUAAUCUCAUGCUCGGGCGGUGGCACCCCCUCAUGUUCAGGCUGA